CCGCUGUUUAUUAUGUUCGGGCAUCUGAUGACGUUUUAGGGUACCAGGGCCUUGAGGGCAUUUCGUACUUUUGCAGGUGGGAAGGGGUUUUGUAAGGGCGUCGUUAUGGAUGCCGCGGAGGCGCUUUCCGGGUCUCUAGAAUCCCUGAAGCUGCACAGCGCCGAGCUUGGGAAGGUGGCAUUGGUGGGAGCCUAUGGGCAGGAGAAGAACGAGCAGCCGAACGUUGACCUUCUGCAACUGCUACGGCUCCGAGAACAAGUUAAACACCAGCUUUUUGAGCUACAAAACAUGGUUCAAUCAAACGAAUCUUCCUCAGACUUUUAUCCCGAAGAGAAUCUGACUGAAGUAGCAAAAGAGUUGCGAAAAGAAAUUGAAAACGUAAAGCUUUCCUAUAAAAACAAAACAGCAGUGUUGCAAAGGAUGCAAUACAUGCACGUGGUUCAAAAAAAGCUGCAGGAAAAUGACAGUGGAUCAAGGUUAAUUAAUAACACAAUUAAACAUACAGUGGAGCUGUCAUCUUCAGCGCUGAAAGUGCACCAGGAGACAAGAGAAUUACAAGAAAAAAUAUAUGAAGUCAGAAAAAAGAGAUUAAGACUAAAGGAAAAGGGCUCUAAAAUAAUGUCAGAGAUCCAAAACAUAAAAAUUAGCCAGAGACAUGACUCGGAAGUAGCCGACAAUGCAAAAACAAAGAAGAUCUGUAAACGCCUAGAAGAGGAGGUGAACACCACAAGAGUGAUACAAAGUGUAUUCCAGAAUCUUAUCCUAGGCAGUCGUGUUAACUGGGCAGACGAUUCAAAGCUAAGAGAAAUUGUCCUAAAGCUUGAGAAGAAUCCAACCACGUUAUAAGAAAUUUAUAUUUAAUCCAUUAUUUUAAUUUUGUACAUUUUGUUUUAUUGAUUUAUUUUAUUAUGAUCUAUUUUAUAUUUACAAUAUGUGCGAAGAUGUAGUUUAUUUGGACAAUUACCAACGUUCCACGUAAUAUUUUCUGUGGCAUGUUUAAAAAAAAAAAUGAAUGUACAGGCUGCCAAACUACAUUGUUUGCUCUUGCAAGUUUAUGAUAAAAGAGCAAAAAUGCUAGAAAAAAAAAUAUAUAGAAGAAACCAACAAAGUUGUAGUUAAACAGAAGAUUGUGUUUUCUGAGUAUUGCCCUACAAUGAAAUACGAGGACCCCCUGUACCUUUCCGAUAGACAGACUGAGUCUUGCUUGUUGUGUUCGUAAUUUUUAAAUGAAAUGUGUUUUCAGAAACAAAUACUAAACAAAAAAAAUCCCUAGCCUUCCCAACUCUGUAAUGGCUCAAUAAAUGGAUUUUUAUGAG